GUCAACUCAAAAUGCUCCCGUUUUCCAUAUCCUUUUUCAGAAUUUAGUAGUAGGUAGUAAAUUCACAAGAAGUAGUGGCGACCAAGUGAAGAAAUAGAGGGAAAUUUGUUGGUUUUGGAGUACUCCGAGAGUGCGCAUGCUUUGUGUUUGUUGUCAUUAAUUUUGGGAUGAGAAAAAUACGUUGAGAACCGCUCGAGUGCCGGUCUUUCAGUCAGUCAGCCAGUCAGCCUGUUUCAGUUGAAUUUCGAGAGGCAACGCGUGAGGUUGGUCGGAUCAGAAUAAACGAGGAAGAAGAAGUGCAGAGAAGUGAGAGGAAAAGCGUCGCAGUCGUCGUCGUCAUUGAAGUCGUCUUCGUCGUGGAGUCGGCAGGAUAAUUAAGCGUGACGCGUGUGCGUAACAUAAAGAUAAAUCCAAAAAGCAAAUGCCUUCUGCCCCUGAGCUCUCGCUCUCUAGUUUUGAGUGUGGUAAAAUGAUGUGAAGCUGCAACAACGAGGAGGACGGCGGUAAAACAUUAAACGAAGACGCGAAAGAAGCGGAGCCAGCGAAGGUUGCCAGCAAAACGGAAUUCCUUCAAAAUAAAAACCUAAAACGAAACCGAUCUUACCAGAGCCGGUUUUUUUUUCGUUACGAACAGCAAAAAAAAAAAAAACUGAGAAAAAAGAGAUAAAUAAAUAAAAAUUCUGAAACGAGAUGGCGAAACGUUUGUUCUUAAGUCUUAGCCUGAUCUUUGGCUGUUUAGGCGGUCAUAGCCAAGUUACUGCCACGGCAUUGCCAUUGGGCGAUGUCAGCAUAACGAAAGGUCCCUCGAGUUUGAUAACUCUCAAAGAGCAGAGCUCCCUGCAGUUGCCAUGUGUCUAUCAAUUGCCUCAACUCUAUCGCCAGAGCAAUAGUGUGAUCUUACGCUGGCGUAAGGAUAACAAAACAUUGCGUCAAUUGGAACUGGGACAGGCGGCCAGUACGACAAGUGAACCACAAUUGGAGACCAUGUUAAGGGAAGAUGGUCGCAUCAUAAUGAACAAGGAGAAUGGUUCACUGCAAUUUUCAAGCAUUUUGGCCAGCGAUGCGGGUCAAUAUCAAUGUCAAUUGGUUAUAGAAGGUGAACUGGCCGCCAGCUCAAGUACUGGGACUCUGGAGGUCAUUGAGCAAUUGAAAUUUAUGCCACAGCCCACAUCGAAAAAUUUGGAAUUGGGUAGUCUGAGUAAAGUGCAUUGUAAGGCACAGGGAACACCAACGCCACAAGUAAAAUGGAUGAGGGAAACGCAAUUGCCUUUGCCGUUGAAUGUGACGGAUCAGAAUGGAACAUUGGUCUUCAGUCAGGUCAGCAACGAGCAACGUGGACAAUAUACAUGCAUUGCCUCCAAUAGUCAGGGCCAGAUUAGUGCCACCGUGUCCAUACAAGUGGUAAUCGCUCCACGCUUCACAGUGGCCCCACCCGAAGGUCCUCUUGAGGUUGAGGAAUCUGGCGUGGUGGUUCUCCAUUGUCAGGCAAUGGGUGAACCCAAGCCGACUAUACAAUGGGACAAGGAUUUGGAUUAUCUCACUAUGGAGGAUAAUGAGAAUAAUACAGAUUUGACUGCAAAUCGCUGGCGUCUGCUGGAGAAUGGCACUCUGGAGAUUAGGAAUGUACAGCCCGAGGAUGAGGGACGCUAUGGCUGCACCAUUGGCAGUAGUGCGGGUUUGAAACGUCAGGAGGUACUCCUGGUCGUUAGAUCCUCGAAAUCGGCUUCAAAUUCCAUAAUCACACGGAUUAUUAUUAUAAUAAUUUGUUUGGCAUUUUUGUAUUUUGUCCUCGUGUUGGGACUGAAACUCUGGUAUCGCUAUCGUCGCCAUUUGGGCAAGGUGCAACUGGAGGAUGCACCGGCUCCGAAUGAUAAUCAUCAUGAUGAUAAUGAGGCGAAUGCCGAGCAUGAACCUUGCCUAACCGAGGCAAAUUCCAGCAGGAAUCUGAAAUCGAAAUUAAGGGAGAAUACCAUAUUGGAGCAUGAAUCGCAGGUUGCCGAUGAUAUCGUAUGAAUCUGAUGAAUUCAAUAUGUAAGGAAUAUAUAUGAUCUCUGCUCCCUCUCCCAGACCCCUCCCCACUUCACCCGCGUCCUGUUAUACCAAUUUGUUGUUAUAAAAAAAACUAAAAUCUAGGGGAAAAAAGGAA